AUGAGGGCGCAAAGAGGAGCUGUGCGAGCCGCAGUCUCGUUCCGGAGUUGUGCGUCGAGGCCUAGGUUCCUGUGCUUAAAUGCUUCUAGGACUCCUGUUGCUGGGAGAGGAAGAAUAGGAGGGGAUGGGAAGAGAUGGUUUUCUGAGACGAGGUUGUUGAGGGCUGGGGCUGCGGAAGCUGUAUUAAAACAAGCUGCGGCAGACCCAUCCGCAUUAACUCAAGAGGCUAUUAUCGAUAAUCUAGACUCAGCGGAAAGAGGGCGACUAUCAAGGUUACGGAAUAUCGGUAUUGCUGCACAUAUCGACAGUGGCAAAACGACAGCUACAGAGCGAGUUCUUUUCUAUACUGGACGAAUCAAUUCCAUUCACGAAGUUAGAGGAAAGGAUGCCGUGGGCGCAAAGAUGGACUCUAUGGAGCUGGAAAGAGAAAAGGGUAUCACCAUUCAAUCAGCGGCCACUUUUUGCGACUGGGUAAAGAAGGAGAACAGAAAAGACGAAACAUACCAUAUCAAUUUGAUUGAUACCCCUGGACAUAUCGAUUUCACGAUCGAGGUCGAGCGAGCAUUGCGAGUCCUGGACGGAGCAGUUAUGAUUCUCUGCGCCGUCAGUGGUGUACAAAGUCAGACGAUUACGGUUGAUAGGCAGAUGAGGAGAUACAAUAUUCCUCGAAUCAGUUUUGUGAAUAAGAUGGAUCGAAUGGGUGCCAAUCCUUGGAAGGCUGUCGAACAAAUCAACCAAAAACUGCGAAUUCCUGCUGCGGCUUUACAAGUUCCUAUUGGGUCUGAAGAUACUUUCAAUGGUGUCGUGGAUCUCAUUCGAAUGAAGGCUAUAUAUAACGAUGGGCCAAAGGGCGAAAUAAUCCGAGAGUCGGACGAAAUUCCAGCAGAUAUCAAGGCGUUUGCUGAGGAGAAGAGGGGUGUUCUUAUUGAGACUUUGGCUGAUGUCGAUGAUGAGAUUGCUGAGAUCUUUUUGGACGAAAGAACACCAACACCAGAACAAAUGAAAGCUGCCAUUCGACGAGCUACGAUCAGUCUGAAGUUCACACCUGUUAUGAUGGGAAGCGCUUUAGCGGACAAGUCAGUUCAACCGAUGUUGGACGCCGUAUGCGACUACCUACCAAAUCCAUCCGAGGUCGAAAAUUUGGCUUUGGAUAAGAGGAGAGAAGAAGCUCCAGUCAAGCUUGUUUCAUACAACUCAUUACCCUUCGUCGGAUUGGCAUUCAAGCUUGAGGAAAGCAAUUAUGGUCAAUUGACCUAUAUCCGAGUCUAUCAGGGUACACUCAAGAAGGGAAUGAACGUCUUCAAUGCUAGGACAGACAAGAAAGUCAAGAUCCCAAGAAUUGUGCGAAUGCACUCUAACGAAAUGGAAGACGUUGCCGACAUUGGCGCUGGAGAAAUCUGUGCCGUGUUUGGUGUGGACUGUGCUUCCGGUGACACUUUCACGGAUGGUGGACUGCCUUACUCCAUGACAUCUAUGUUCGUUCCCGACCCCGUCAUCUCGUUAUCUAUCAAGCCGAAGACAGCCAAGGAUGGAAACAACUUCAGCAAGGCUAUGAACCGGUUUCAACGUGAAGAUCCCACUUUCAGAGUUCAUGUUGACGCAGAAAGUCAAGAGACCAUCAUCUCGGGAAUGGGAGAAUUACAUCUUGAUAUCUACAUCGAACGUAUGCGUCGAGAAUACAAGGUCGAAGUCGAGACUGGAAAGCCUCAAGUCGCAUACCGAGAGACUAUCACUCAACCAGUCAAAUUCGACCACACUCUCAAGAAGCAGACUGGAGGUGCUGGUGAUUUCGCCCGAGUUGUUGGAUACAUGGAACCUCUUGAACCGGACGCAAAUGGCUAUACCCAAUCCAAGUUCAGAGAAGAAGUCACCGGAGGUUCUAUCAGUGAAAAGUACUUGUUUGCUUGCGAAAAGGGAUUCCUCGCAUCUUGCGAGAAAGGACCACUUAUCGGACAUCCCGUCUUGGGAGCUCUUAUGGUCAUCAACGACGGAGCUACCCACAUGACCGAUUCAUCCGAAAUGGCAUUCAAGAACGCAACUCAACAAGCCUUCCGCAAAGCUUUCAAGGAGGCUAAGCCGCAAGUCCUCGAACCGCUUAUGAAGACGACUAUAACCGCACCAAACGAGUUCCAGGGUAACAUUGUCGGAUUGCUGAAUAAAAGGAAUGCGAUUAUCAACGAUACCGAGAUCGGACCGGAAGACUUCACGUUGCAAGCUGACUGCAGCUUGAACGCAAUGUUUGGUUUUAGCUCUCAGCUCCGAGCCGCAACUCAAGGGAAGGGAGAGUUCGGGAUGGAGUUCAGUCAUUAUAGUCCUGCGCCGGGUCAAUUACAAAAAGAGCUUGUUGCGAAAUACGAGAAGUUCCAAGCGGAUAGAAAUAAGAAGUAG